AUGUCUGAACAAUUGAGACAAACUUUUGCCAACGCUAAGGCUGAGAACCGUAAUGCUUUAGUAACCUUCAUGACUGCAGGUUACCCAACCGUCGCAGACACCAUCCCAAUCCUUAAAGGUUUCCAAGACGGUGGUGUUGACGUCGUUGAACUUGGUAUGCCAUUUUCUGAUCCUAUUGCUGAUGGUCCAACUAUUCAAGUGGCCAACACUGUAGCUCUUGAAAACGGCGUCACUUUGAAACAAACUUUGGAAUUGGUCGCUGAAGCUAGAAAGCAAGGAAUCACAGUUCCUAUUAUUUUGAUGGGUUACUACAACCCAAUCAUGAACUAUGGUGACGACAAAUUCAUUAAGGAUGCUGCAAUUGCAGGUGCUAAUGGUUUCAUCAUUGUUGAUCUACCACCAGAGGAAGCCCUAAAGAUUAGAAACAGAGUCAACGAAUGUGGUUUGAGUUUAGUUCCAUUAGUAGCUCCUUCUACUACCAAUGAAAGAUUGGGCUUAUUGGCCGAUAUUGCCAAUUCCUUUGUUUAUGUCGUCUCUAGAAUGGGUACCACUGGUGCUCAAUCCAACGUUGCCUCAAAUUUGGAUGAACUAGUGAAACGUGUAAGACAUUAUACUAAGGACACCCCUAUUGCUGUUGGUUUCGGUGUUGCCACCAGACAACAUUUCGAAAGUGUCGGUUCUUUGGCGGAUGGUGUUGUCAUUGGCUCUAAGAUCGUCACUUUAUGUAGCCAAGCUCCAAAGGGUAAAACAUACGAAGUUGCUAAACAAUACUGUGAAGAGAUCUUGAACGGUAAGAAACAUAAAAUUUUGUCUGUUGAAGAAUUUAAACAAUUCCAAGCUCAUGCUGCAGAACAAGGUAAACUAUUUAUCGACCAAAAGAAUAACUUCAACGAGACUCACAAACAUUCCAUGAGAUUCGGUGACUUUGGUGGUCAAUACGUCCCUGAAGCACUACAUGCUUGUCUAAGAGAACUAGAAGGCGCAUUUGACGAGGCUGUCGCUGAUCCUAAAUUCUGGGAAGAUUUCAGAUCUUUAUACUCCUACAUUGGCAGACCUUCCUCAUUACAUAGAGCAGAAAGACUUUCUGAAUAUUGUGGUGGUGCUCAAAUCUGGUUGAAAAGAGAAGAUUUGAACCAUACUGGUUCCCAUAAAAUCAACAAUGCUUUGGCUCAAGUUCUAUUAGCAAAGAGAUUAGGUAAGACUAAUGUUAUCGCUGAAACUGGUGCUGGUCAACACGGUGUUGCCACUGCCACUGCUUGUGCCAAAUUUGGUUUGAAGUGUACUGUAUACAUGGGUGCUGAAGAUGUCCGCCGUCAAGCUCUAAAUGUCUUUAGAAUGAGAAUCCUAGGUGCUGAUGUUGUUUCUGUCACUAACGGUACUCAAACUUUGAGAGAUGCCACCUCCGAAGCCUUCCGUACUUGGGUGACAGACUUGAAGACUACUUAUUACGUUGUUGGUUCUGCCAUUGGUCCACAUCCAUAUCCAACUUUAGUUCGUACCUUCCAAAGUGUUAUCGGGAAUGAAACCAAGGAACAAUUUGCUAAGAUGAACAAUGGUAAAUUACCAGAUGCUAUUGUUGCUUGUGUUGGUGGUGGGUCCAACUCUACCGGUAUGUUCUCACCUUUUGAAAAGGAUGAAUCCGUCAGACUUAUCGGUGUUGAAGCUGGUGGUGAUGGUGUUGAUACUAAUUUCCAUUCUGCUACUUUGACUGCUGGUAGACCAGGUGUUUUCCAUGGUGUCAAGACUUACGUCCUACAAGAUAGUGAUGGUCAAGUCCAUGACACUCACUCUGUCUCUGCCGGUCUAGAUUAUCCUGGUGUAGGUCCAGAAUUAGCCUUCUGGAAAUCUACAGGCCGUGCUGACUUCAUGGCUGCCACUGAUGCUCAAGCUCUAGAAGGUUUUAAAUUGCUAUCUCAAUUAGAGGGUAUCAUCCCAGCGUUAGAGUCAUCACACGCUGUUUACGGUGCUAUUCAAAUUGCCAAGACAAUGAAUGCUGAACAAAACUUAAUCAUCAACAUCUCUGGUAGAGGUGACAAGGAUGUUCAAAGUGUUGCUGAGAUUUUACCAAAACUUGGUCCACAAAUUGGAUGGGAUCUUAGAUUCGAGGCUAACCCAGCUUCCUCUCAACGAUAG